AUGGGAGCAUUGACAUUUGGAUUCAUAUUGUUUAUAUUCAACAAGUUAUACUCUUGGUUCUACAACAAACCAUUGAACUCAUAUGUUGGCAAGCGUGUAAUUGUCACUGGUGCCAGCAGUGGUAUCGGUGCUCAGUUGGCUUUACAAUACAUUCAGAUGAAGUGCAAGGUCGCAAUCGUUGCCAGAAGAUUGGAACAGUUGGAGUCUGUCAAGCAGGACAUAUUGAAGAAGUGCCCAGAGGUACCAGAGGAGAAUAUAUUGAUCUUGCGAGCAGACUUGACUGUGGAGAGCGAUUGCCGUACGAUGGUUGACAGUGUGGUGUCGGCAUGGGGCGGCAUUGAUAUCUGUGUUUGGAAUGCUGGUGUCGGCUCACUCAUCGAGUUUGAGAAGCUGAAUGGCAACUUCCAGGUGUUCCGCGACAACAUGAACAUCAACUUCUUCUCGACCGUGUACUGCACAUCCUUUGCCCUGCCAUUCCUGCGCCAGUCGCACGGAUCGCUGGUCGUCGUCAGCUCGCUCGCCGGCAAGUUUGGUACGCCACUGCGCACCUCUUACUCGGCCUCCAAGCACGCACUGCACGGCUUCCUCAACUCACUGCGCAACGAAGUGUCUGACAUCCAAGUCACAGUCGUCUGCCCAGGCUUUGUCCAAACCGAGUUCCACACCAAGCUGGCCACAACUGACGGCAAGCCAAUCGAGCGUGAAUCACACAGUUUCAUGACCGCUGAAGAGUGUGCCGAGAAGAUUGUUCAGAGCGAGCGUUUGGGUGAGAGAGAAGUACUACUUGGAUUGAAGGCCAAGGUUGGAAACUACUUGAUGCCAUUCAUUCCAGGUGUCAUUGACUACAUGUCCAGAAAGGCAUCCAGAGAUUCAAUCAAGAAGAAAUAA